GCUCAGUGACGCUGUCGAAAAGCGGUAUCUGGUCGAGUCAUCACUAUCAGAGACCUCGAGGUAUCAGCAGCUAUUCCCCCGCCAUGACCGCCACGCCCGCGCAGGUGCUGCAGGACGUGCGCUUCGAAAAGCGACUCGCCGAUAUUGAGGCGCGUUUGCCAGCCACGUUGGCGCUGGCUAAGGAGGGCUCUUUAGCCAAGCGCAACCAGACCAAACGCAAACUUUACCAUGACAGUGAGCUCAUCCGCAUCGAGCUGGAGGAGCGUAUGAACGAAAUGGGUAUCGAGAAUCAAUGGCUUACUGCUCCGGAAAUGAAGGAGGCCAAUGAGAAGCUGGAUGCAGUGCGUAAGCAGCUCAAACUGGACGUACUGCCGGCCAGUUCCUCUCCCUUGGAGAAGAUCUACAUGGUCGUGCGCAUGCUCACAAUGGCGCUGGUGCUUGUGGGCUGGCUGAGCUGCGUGACUAUUCUCAUUCCACUCAAGUGGCUCAACCCGAUACUCAAGAAGAUGGGCGUCAAGAAGAACUACCUGCCUAUGGAUAUCGUGUCCUGGGGCACUGCCGCCAUGGUCUGCGUCACAGCCUGCACUGACAUGAAAGUUGAGGGCGUUGAGAACCUGAUUGACCUUAAGGACUCGGUUGUCUGCAUGUUCAGCCACUCGUCCAACCUCGACGGCUUCAUUGUCAACGGAUCGUCGCCAGUUGCCUUCAAGUUUGCGGCCAAGAAAAGCAUUUUUCUGGUGCCUUUCCUCGGCUGGUCGGCUCGUUGGGGCUUUGACUUUGUGGCCAUUGACCGCUCGCAUCGCAAAUCGGCGCUGAAGAGUUUGAAGGAGCUGGCAGUGUCGGUAAACGAGCGUGGUAACUCCGUUUGCAUCUCGCCCGAAGGCACGCGUUCGAAGGACGGACUGCUGCAGGAAUUCAAGAAGGGGCCAUUCUACUUAAGUGAGGACACGAAGAAGAACGUGGUGCCCUCCAUCGUGUUCGGUGCGUACGAGCUCUGGCCUCCUGGACGUCUGUUUAGCAUCCCCGGACACACGUUGGUGCGUUAUCUGCCAGAGUACAAGUCGGACCCGAAUCUGAACCGCAACCAGAACCGGUUGGCGCUGCGUCGCAUUUACCUGAAGGCGUUUACCGAGGAUGUUCCGGACUACAUUGGCACCCGAGUGAGCACCAGUUUCAUCCUCAAGAACAUGUUCUACCACUACCUCGCAUGGGCGAUCACGUUUAAGGUGACGUCGUGGGCAUUCACAGUGAUUAGCCUCGUGUGCCACUGGCUUAACAUCACGUACGGCACCUUCAUGCUGUUCUCGCUAGCCAUGAUGGUGGCGGGCGAAGCCCUCAUGUUCUUCACCUGCUAAAAGCCACCCAGGGACGAUGCCAAGCGCUGCCAUGUAAACAGAACAGCAACAAGACUUCACCUGCGAACGUCGUACAUCACCUUCUCGACGUCAACAGGUCAGUCAAGUCGCUUGCGUCGUUACUUGCAAUGCAUACAACCCCAUUGAAUACAUUUUGGUAGUUAGGCAGUUAGAAUUUCGUCUUUACUUAGCCACAGUCGCCGCUACUGGCUGUAGCUUUUUCUUCUUGCUCCUGUUCUCCACCAACUUACGUUCGCGCUCCUCCAUCGUCGCGUGCAGUGCCUCCGCAGGCGAAUAAACAGACGAGUAGGACGCCAGGCGGUGGCGGUCCACUUUGAGCUGCUCCUCAGCCGACAGCGUGGGUGCCAAGGAACCAAGAGGUUUGCCAGCACGCUCGGCUGCCGCCUCCUGUCGCUCACGCUUGCGCUUGCGCACUCCGGCGUUGCGGAAUCGCACGGGUGCAGUUCGCGGCUCACCCCAGCCCGUAAGGAUGUUGCCCUCCAACAACGUGUCACGCAGGAACUUCUCUUCGAACUCGAAGAGCUUGCGGCCUUGCUCCGCCCAGUCUCCUUCCUCCACCAGCGUCUUGGCCUGCAAUGCGCGCAGCUUGGCGUCCAGCUCCUUGUUACUGAUCGUCAUAUUUGAGCGAUAGAACGUUGAAAACUAUAUUUUACACAAAGGAAACUGUUUAAA